UCUCACGAUUGAUCAUCAUCUUUUUUUUAAGAUCUAAACAACGUGUGCGUUACCAGAAACACUCGAGUGACAACUCUCAAUCUCACCAGAUACUCACCCUAUCAGGAAGAAGAAAAUGGAGAUAACCCUGAACAGUGGCUACAAGAUGCCGAUCGUCGGCUUAGGAGUGUGGAGAAUGGAGAAGGAAGGGAUUCGAGACCUCGUCAUCAACUCCAUCAAGAUCGGCUACCGCCACCUCGACUGUGCUGCUGAUUAUAAGAACGAAGCUGAAGUUGGUGAGGCUCUCUCGGAAGCAUUCAAGGAAGGUUUAGUUAAGAGAGAGGAUCUCUUCGUUACAACCAAGCUAUGGAACUCAGACCAUGGCCAUGUUAUUGAGGCGUGCAAGGACAGUCUCAAGAAACUUCAACUUGAUUAUCUCGACCUUUACCUCGUUCAUUUCCCUGUUGCAACUAAGCACACUGGAGUUGGAACCACCGACAGUGCUUUGGGCGAUGAUGGAGUGUUGGACAUAGAUACCACCAUUUCUCUUGAAACUACAUGGCAUGACAUGGAAAAGCUUGUUUCUAUGGGUCUGGUCCGCAGCAUUGGAAUCAGUAACUAUGACGUGUUUCUAACGAGAGAUUGCUUGGCUUACUCCAAGAUCAAGCCUGCAGUGAAUCAGAUAGAGACACAUCCUUACUUCCAACGCGACUCUCUUGUGAAAUUCUGCCAAAAGCAUGGUAUCUGUGUCACAGCUCAUACUCCUCUGGGAGGUGCCACGGCUAAUGCAGAGUGGUUUGGUACCGUGUCAUGUCUCGAUGACCCAGCUCUCAAAGAAGUGGCGGAGAAGUACAAAAAGACAGUGGCACAGGUGGUGCUGAGGUGGGGGAUACAGAGGAACACAGUGGUGAUACCAAAGACAUCGAAGCCUGAGAGGUUGGAAGAGAAUUUUAAGGUUUUCGAUUUCGAACUGGCGAAAGAGGACAUGGAAGUGAUCAAGAGCAUGGACAGAAAGUACCGUACGAACCAACCGGCCAAGUUUUGGGGGAUUGAUCUCUACGCUUGAAUGAAUGAAUGAAUUUGAUCACCGUGCUCUUGUCUCUCAUGAAUCUAUUAUGAAUAAGAGAAGAAGCUAAGUCGUAGCUUCUUCACCUGUGGGACAUUCUCAAUGGUUAUUUAAACUCGUAUGUUGAACAAGUUAUGGUUUUAGUAUCACUCACAUUUUAUGCUGAAGAUGAAAAAAGAGUGUCAGUUUUUCUUGUUAUACACACAAUGAAGGAUCCUUUUGAAAUA